CUGCCCACGCCCCGGCCCUCGCCUGCGAGCGCUCGCCCACGUUGUUCCUCUGUUGACACAAACAAGACUUCUCGCUACCAGCCCCAUGGCCACCUGCCCGGUCCUGCAGAGGGAGACCUUGUUCCAGCUGGGAAGCCACACCUACAGGAUCCCGGCUCUGCUCUUCCUUUCCCAGCAGAAGACGCUGCUAGCCUUCGUGGAGAGGCGGGGGAGCAAGACGGAUGAGCACGCCGAGCUGAUCGUGCUGCGCCGGGGAGACUACGAUGCAGCCACCCACCGGGUGCAGUGGCACGCGCAGGAGGUGGUGGCCCAGGCGCAGCUGGAGGGCCACCGGUCCAUGAACCCCUGUCCCCUGUAUGAUGCGAAGACGGGGACUCUCUUCCUCUUCUUCAUUGCCAUCCCAGGACAGGUCUCUGAGUACCAACAGCUGCAAAGCAAGGAAAACAAGACACGGCUGUGCCACGUCACCAGCUCUGACCACGGGAAGACCUGGAGCCAGGCCACAGAUCUCACCAGCUCCGUCAUUGGCCAGGCCCACAGCACGUGGGCCACCUUUGCCGUGGGCCCCGGGCACUGCCUGCAGCUGCGAAGUGGCAGCCUGGUGGUGCCCGCCUACGCCUACCGGAACCUGCCCGACCUCCCGCACCCUUCCCCCUACGCCUUCUGCUUCCUCAGCCAGGACAACGGGCGCACGUGGAACAUGGGGAACUUUGUGGCCCCACAGACGCUGGAGUGCCAGGUGGCAGAAAUCAGGGCUGGGGGGCAGAGGGUGCUGUAUCUCAACGCCAGAAGCCCACAGGGAUCCAGGGUCCAGGCCCAGAGCACCAACGGUGGGCUCGAUUUUCAGGAGCCCCAGGCCGUGAAGGCGCUGGUGGAGCCCCCCUAUGGCUGCCACGGGAGCGUGGUCAGCUUCCCCAGCCCCACGUCGGGGCCAGGACGCCGGGUGAGAUGGCUGCUCUACACCCACCCCACCGACUCCCAGCAGAGGUCCAACCUGGGUGCAUACCUCAACCAGCAGCCCCCCAACCCCGAGACCUGGUCGCAGCCCACGCUGCUGGCCACGGGCAGCUGCGCCUACUCGGACCUGCAGAUCAUGGGGACCGGGCCCGACGGCUCGCCUCUGUUUGGGUGUCUGUACGAGGCCAAGAAUUAUGAAGAGGUGGUCUUCCUGCUGUUCACGCUGAAGCAGGCCUUCCCAACCGCAGCCGCGGCUACGGCUGAGUCCCAGUGA